AUGACCGAGUUACUGGCAUCAGUAAGGCUUCUGGAUUUGUUCCUGCGUCGGAACAUAUUAAUGCAACUGGUGGAUCAGUUAAUGUGUAAAGAGUUUCAAUUUCGUCUGAAGCCUCAACAAGCUAUUUUAGAGAAAGCAAUUUUGUAUACCAGAAAACUUUUCUGGGUAUUUCUAUCGCUCAGUGCAUUAGAUAUACUUGUUCACGUCGUUGUUGUACCAGGCUUAGGAAAAUUUAGUAAUUUGCCACUAAAAAUGGAUCUGAUAUGGUUUGAUAUAAGUCAAGAAUCAUAUUUUACCUUCGUGUACAUUUACCAGGUGUCAUACAAACCAAUGGUGUUGGGUACUUUCAUGGCACUCCAAACUUUGCCAUGGGCAGCUAUGUGUUGCGCAAUUAGCCAGUUGAACGUCUUAAUUUAUAACUUGGAAAAUAUCAAAUACCUUGUGGAGUUGACCAUGGCUGAAAUGCAGUGCGAUUCAAAUACAGCGUUUAAAGAAGUUUUCAAGGGAUGUAUUCUGCAUCAUUGCAGCAUAGUCAGAUUUGUAAACACGAUUCAGAAUGCAUUUGGAGGACAGUUAACAUCAACGUUAUGGCUCAAUGGCUGCAUAGUUGGUACUACAGCUGUGCAGAUAUUUUCGAUUGAAUCUCCGCUUAAUAAUAUUACUGACGUAGCGUGGAUACUGGCAUAUCUGUUUAUAAUGAUUGGUUAUCUAUUCGUUGAUUGUUAUUUUGGAAAUUCCGUGACUAUCAAAACUAGUAUAAAAAGAUGUCUCAUUACAGAGCUUGCGUGUAUCAAGCGUGGCUUUUUGUUGUCCAUGGAUAGAGCUUUCAACACCUCUGAAGAAAGACUUACUGGUAUUUAUAGCAAAAACACAGCGGCCUAUUGUUAUAACUGCUGCGAAAUUCGUGCCAGUCUCUCUGGAGACUUUUACUAA